AGGCAAAGGAAGGCCCAAACCAAGAAAAGAAGCAGGCCUCCCAUGGCGGCCAUGUUUCUCUCUGCGGUUUCAACUCUCUGUCUCGCUCUACAUUUUAUUGAGUCGAUACGGUUUCUUCCAAAGCCAAAGCCAAAGCCAAAGCCGAAGGCAGACCCAUUGAGCUCAGCUCCACCGACCCUUUCUUCUGCCCUCCCCAUUCCAAAACCCAAAUCCCACACAUCAUCGGUUCCAAUAAAUUUUUUUAUGAAUUUAGACCCUUCACACUUCAUCUUCUCAACUCCUUCCUUUUCCCCUUUCUUUAUCUUCCUCCAUUAUUGCUCUCUCCCAAAUUUCCCUUCCUCUUCCUCUUCUUACUGUUCUUACUUCUGUUUUUUUCUUUCUGGGGUUGCUUCAUCUUUGAGAAUCUUGCCUUCGAUCAUCGGUCAGUUACACACUCUCCUUCGGCAAUUCCUUGUUUAUAGAUAUAUAUGGGCUGAGGUAAACCUUUCAUGGGAGGUGUGGAGGAUGAAGAACCAGCCUUGAAACGCAUGAAAGUAUCCUCGAGAAAAUUAAGAGGUCUUUCCAAUGGCUCAUCCAUUGCAGAGCAUUUAGGGGAUUCUUCCAGGGAUUUGAUGGCUCGUCCCCUACCAUCUGAAGGAGAUAAUGACGAAGUUAUUGGUUCGAAAGGAGUUAUCAGAAGAGAUGAAUUUGUGAGAAUAAUUGCUAAUGCACUGUAUUCUCUUGGUUACAAGAAGAGCAGUGCUCGUCUCGAGGAAGAGUCUGGAAUACCUUUGCAUUCUUCUACUGUAAAUAUAUUUAUGCAGCACAUUCUUGAUGGAAAUUGGGAUGAAAGCAUUUAUACCUUACAUAAAAUUGGUCUAUCAAAUGAAAGCAUUAUCAAAUCUGCCUCAUUUUUGAUACUAGAGCAGAAAUAUUUGGAGCUUUUGCAAAUUGAUAAGGUCAUGGAAGCUUUGAAGACGUUGAGGAUGGAGAUUGCUCCCCUUUCUAUUAACAAUAAUAGAAUACGCGAACUUUCGUCCUUCAUCGUGUCUCCUUCACUGAGUGGUAUAAUUGAUUCACCCUGCGGAGAGAAUUUGAGAGCAAAAUCUCGGACAAAAUUGCUCGAUGAAUUGCAGAAGCUUCUUCCACCGACAGUUAUGAUACCUGAAAAUAGGUUGGAACAUUUAGUUGAACAGGCUCUUUUGUUGCAACGAGAUGCUUGUGUCUUCCACAACUCUUCAGAUCAAGAUAUGUCAUUGUAUACGGAUCAUGAUUGCGGGAAAAGUCAGAUACCUUCACAAACUUUGCAGGUAUUACAAGCACAUAGUGAUGAAAUUUGGUAUUUGCAAUUUUCUCAUAAUGGGAAGUACUUAGCUUCAUCUUCUAGUGAUCUAUCUGCAAUCAUAUGGGAGGUUAACUCAAAUGGUAAGGUGUCUCUAAAGCAUAGACUAUCUGGCCACCAGACACCUGUCUCCUUGGUUUCAUGGAGUCCCGACGAUUGUCAGCUGCUAACCUGUGGGGUGGAGGAGGCUAUUAAGCGGUGGGAUGUUUCUUCCGGUGAGUGCCUCCAUGUUUAUGAAAAGGCUGGAUUUGGAUUGGUUUCUUGUGGAUGGUUUCCUGAUGGAAAGUCUAUACUUGCUGGUAUUGACGACAAGAGUAUAUGUAUGUGGGAUUUAGAUGGUAAGGAGUUGGAUUCUUGGAAAGGGCAACGGAUUUUGAAGAUAUCGGAUUUAGAAAUUACGGGUGAUGGGAAGAAAAUUAUUACUAUAUGUAGAGAAACUGCAAUUGUGCUUCUUGAUAGGGAGGCAAAAAUUGAUAGAUGGAUUGAAGAGGAUCAAGUAAUAACUUCUUUUCGGCUGUCCAAAGAUAAUAAAUUCUUGCUGGUUAAUCUUGUGAAUCAAGAAAUCCAUCUAUGGAGUUUAGUAGGUGAACCCGAUCUCAUAUCUAAGUAUAAAGGUCAUAAGCGCACUCGGUUUGUUAUUCGGUCCUGUUUAGGAGGACUCGAGGAAGCUUUUAUUGCAAGUGGUAGUGAGGACUCACAGGUAUACAUAUGGCACAGAGAAUCCAGGGAGCUUAUAGAAGCGUUGCCUGGUCACUCUGGUUCGGUUAAUUGUGUGAGCUGGAACCCUACAAACCCGCACAUGCUCGCAUCGGCUAGCGAUGACCGUACGAUUAGAAUAUGGGGCUUAAAAGGACUAAAUGUAAAACGCAAGAAUGCAUACAGCAACGGCGUCGUCCAUUAUUGCAACGGUGGAACUUAAAGAGAAGGCUUACCGCUGUCCCGGGUUAUUAUUCUUUUCUUCCCUCUCUGACUGUUGCUCCUGUAAAUACAUACAAUCACUCUUCUAAGUUAAGAUUCAUGUUAAAUGUGAAUUAUGAAGUUUAUUUCUAAAAUGAAUAAGUUAUUUCAACGGCU